AUGUGUGUAACAGCACUGAUCUUCCUGAGGUGGAAAUCAUCAGUUUGCUGGAGGAGCAGUUGCCUCAUUAUAAGCUGAGAGCUGACACUAUAUACGGCUAUGACCACGACGACUGGCUCCACACACCUCUCAUCCCACCUGACGUAAACCUCGACCUGACCACUGAACAGAUCGAGGAGACCCUCAAAUAUUUCCCAUGAUGUCAUCAGUGUGUGCCUUUCACCCAUAAGCCGAAGAACUGGCAGCUGGAAAGUCAUCAAUAGCAGGUCCACGGCACAGGAAAAUGACAUCAUGGAUGAACGCAAGCUUGUGAUUGGAUAAUUUACACCAGGGAUGCCCGACCCUGCUCCUGGCGAUCGACUGUCCUGCAAAGUUUAGCUCCAAUCCUAAUCAAACACACCUAAAGCAACUAGGCUCACUUAAAAAUUAAAGGAAGGUGUGUUUCAUUAGGAUUGGAGCCAAACUUUGCAGGACAAUCGAUCCGACAGGAUUGGGCACCCCUGAUUUACACCAUUCAAGUAUACAUUGUCAUGCUCAGUAAAGUCAAAUAAGCAAAUAUGAUCAAAUGAAAUCAAUAAAGUAUUUCAGUCUGCAAUGAAUAUCAAGGAAAAGCUUUUAUAUAGAUUAAAGAAGAAAAAUCCAGGAUUUAAAACGUCCAGGACAACUGCACAUUAAGAGUGUCUCCGUUUUUUUCACCAUCCUAUUUGCUGCAGUUCUUGGCACAGUGAAUUCUUUUGGCAGGCAGACAGCAGCAGAACACCUACCAUCACUGUACAAGCACUUAUACUUGAGCUGAGCAGCAAAAUGAAAGACGCUGCUAGAUGCCUGGCAGAAAAGAUCAGUGGAAGAGUGAUGGGGAAAUACAUGAGGAAGUUCAGCAGCAGAGCACAUGCAGACACAUGCAGUCACUAAUACAGGCUGGAGUCAGAGCCAGUUGUCAUGGCAACCUUUAUAUAGGGAGGCGCCUUGGAAAUGGGGAGAGAUGAGGAGACCGGGUCAGGCUGUGACGAAGCAGCUCUGAGGAAGUGCGCUCUGAUUGGCUGGCUUUGCUGGUAGGAGCCGCCCUCCUGAGUGUGAUACAACCUUGACUAUAGCGAAUGUCUUGUGACGAGUCAGAGGCAGAUCGGUAGAUCGGGCUACCAUGCUUCUGGGAGAAUGGGUGGCCAUGGGUACAUGUAUGUGUGUGUGACCUCAGACGCCGGACAGGAGAGGCUGAAGCUCAAGACUGAGGGAGACUGAGCAUGCAGAGGUUUGUGGAGGCUGAUUACUACGAGCUGGACUGGUAUUAUGAAGAGUGCACUGACGUUCUAUGUGCUGAUCGAGUGGGCCAGAUGACUAAGACAUAUAAUGAUAUAGAUGCUGUGACACGUCUCCUGGAGGAGAAAGAGCGGGAUUUGGAGUUGGCGGCUCGAAUUGGCCAGUCUCUGCUGAAAAAGAACAAAACCCUCAGUGAGAGGAACACCCUCCUGGAGGAGCAAGUGGAGCACAUACGAGAAGAGGUGUCUCAGCUACGUCACGAUCUGUCGAUGAAGGAUGAACUCCUGCAGUUCUACACAAGUGCAGCGGAGGAAAGUGAUGGAGAGUCUGCUUCUACCACACCUAUUCGCAGAACUGACUCCUCUUUUACGGUCCCGAAUUACCUUCCUCUAGAUUCACUACAGAAGAAACUCUUUGACCUGGAGGAAGAGAACAUCGUCCUGCGAUCAGAGGCAAAUCACUUGGAGACCGAGACCAUCUCGUUUGAAGAAAAGGAACAACAGCUUGUAAAUGACUGUGUUAAAGAACUCAGAGAUGCCAACAUACAGAUCUCUACGAUUGCGGAGGAGCUGGCUAGGAAAACAGAGGACGCCUCUCGGCAGCAAGAGGAAAUCACACACCUCCUCUCUCAGAUCGUGGACCUGCAGAAAAAAGCUAAAUCUUAUGCACUAGAAAACGAAGAGCUCACCCAGCACCUGGGAGCUGCUAAAGAUGCCCAAAGAGCACUAACAGCAGAGCUAAGGGAGCUGGAGGAUAAGUAUGUUGAAUGUAUGGAGAUGCUUCAUGAAGCUCAGGAGGAACUGAAGAACUUCAGGAAUAAAACGCUGCCUCUAAGUACACCGCGACGAUUCCACUCUCUCGGCCUCUUCCCCAUGGACUCUUUAGCUGCAGAAAUUGAAGGAACCAUGAGAAAAGAGAUUCAUUUGUCUGAUCCAGACGUAGAGGAACAAAGGUUGUACCCUAAACGUGUCUUUGAGACAGUGCGUAACAUCAACCAGACUGUUCGGCAGCGUUCCAUGGGCCCAUCCCCCAUGAACAUCCCAGGGUCCAAUCAGACAUCCUGCAUGAAUUCCAGGCAUCCUAGUUGUCUGAGCACACCCCGUUCAAGCAUGUAUGGAGGGGACGGUGUUGAAAUGGACAACCGCACUAACAGUAUGCUAAUGGAAACCCUGUCACAUCAGGACAGCUCUGAUGACUCCAACAGAAAGCCUGGCAUGCCUGGCACACCCGGCUCUCGUGACCUGGAGGCAGCACUGCGUCGUCUUUCCCUUCGACGAGACAACUACAUUAGCGAGCAGCGUUUCUUUGAGGAGGAGAGAGAGCGUAAACUCAACGCCCUGGCAGAAGAGAAGAGCGAAUUGUACGAGGAGAGACAUGGUGGGAGUGGCAGUGAAGACGGCGGCCCCCUCACUCCGGCAGAAAGCAUCAUGUCUCUGGGCACCCUGCACUCAGUUUACUCCAUCUACAGCACCCGAUCCUACCUGCCGGAGAAACUCCAGAUCGUCAAGCCACUGGAAGGUUCGGCCACUCUGCACGCAUGGCAGCAGCUCGCUCAGCCCCACCUGGGCGGCAUCCUGGAUACGCGGCCGGGCGUGGUGACCAAGGGCUUUCGAACACUGGAGCUGGACCUGGAAGGGGUGUACCAAUUCACUGACCUGGAGGAAGAUGAGCCAGGACGGCGUUCCCCUGCCACCUCUACCUCUUGCCUGGGCUCUCUGCCUUGUUCACCUGCUUUGCGACGACCUUUUGCCAACAAUCCUGAUAACCAGGAUGAGCAGCUCAGUAAAAAUGGAGGGAACCCUGGAGUGGGGUCAGACCAAAUGGAAGCUGUAGAUGAGGAGGUCUUAUCUGUUCAUUUCCCUGGUAAAUGUAUGUCUCACACCAGCUCCACAUACACCUUCACCACCUGCAGGAUCCUGCACCCUUCAGAUGAACUCACCAGAGUCACACCCAGUCUUUUGUCAGGUCCAUCACUGGCUUCCUGUGUGAUGUCACACAGCAGUCUGCGCUCCACCCCUGUGUCCACCCCCUGCACGCCUCGUCGCCUCAGCCUGGCGGAGAGUUUCACCAACCUCCGCGACUCAACCAAGACCACCAGUACCUCUCUGGGACUAGUGCGCCUCCUACAGGAGAGAGGUAUAUCUGCUGCUGUCUAUAACCCUCUCAGUUGGGACAGGGUGGAUCGAGCCCCUCCAACAGACCCCUGUUCAUCACACACUGCCACCCCCACGCACACUUGCCUGGACACUCUCCCCUCCACCCCUCCAAACUCCCCCAGCAAAACCAAACCCACCAGUCAUGUGUUCCCUGUAGACUACAGCCCAUCAGACCCCCCGUAUGAAACCUUCCUGGCUUCACGGCCAGCCAGCUCGAUUCUGAAGGAAGUGCUGGAGGCAGACAAAAGGGCUCGGACAGACAUACAGUGUCAGACUGAAGUUAGUGUGCAGAACUUGAGACUGGUGGACAAGGUGAAGAAGUUUAGCCUGGCUCCCAGAACUUUGACCCCAGGGAUGGGAAGGCCGGGACCGCCAUUUAGAUCCCACGCUGUUGUAACUUCCCCUAUGGGGGGACUGCCAGUGCUGAACUCAGGGAUGAGAAGAAACCGCAGUUACCCAGCUAUGGUUGGGGCUAGUAUGGCUAUGAAGGGCCCGGGGCCCCCCAGUGAGGACGUGAUGUUGGCCCCUGGGCCACCCAGACGAACUAGCCUCAAUGAAAAGUGAAUGUUGCCUCUCUGUUGUCCCCUUUUGCUUUCAUUUAUUUGUAAUAUGCAUUGAUACAGUAUAUCAUCCCUGUGACAACUUGAGUGCCUGUUAUCAAGAUGAUAUUUGUAUAGAUUAUUUUGCUAUAACAACAUAUUUUAUCUAUUUCUCUGUCCAUCUGACCAGCAUUCAAGAACAAUUCAUUCAGCAUUGUCACAUACUGUAUCUUGGUAUAUUCCAAGCGUUUGUCAUUGUGUGAAAAAAAAACUAAUGGAAUUUGCACUUGAUAGCUGCAAAACAAUGUAGCAUAUAAACAGAGCAGAAAAUUCAUACCCCCAAAUUACUUUUAAUUUAAGCACUUUUUUUAAUCUACUCAAGGAUAAAAGAAUAAGCAAGAAAGUGUAUUUUUUGUCAUUGUUAAUCUUCCAAUUUAACAUUUCAAAAUUGUUUCAUUUCGUGAUGUUAGCAAGAGCACUAAUAGCACCUUAAUGCUAAUGGUAGCCUAGACAAUGAAGUUAUAUCAUUUAUAAUUAUUUUUAGGUCAGAAUUUACUUUUGAAUGGCCAUGUUGUAGCACUUUAUAUCAGCCCCUUUAGUGUGCCAGAAAUCUGUAAAACAUGGUUUUAUUAGAACAAAUACCAUCACAGAAUCCUUUUCCAUAUAGUCCAGCUAAUAAAAUAAAGACAGUGUAAAAGGCUUAUUAAUGCAUUAUAUAAAAAUAAUUAUAUUGUAAUACCAGAGUUCAAUAUCGCGACUCUCAAUAGGCGCUGACAUGAAUUAGUGAUAAUUUGCACAUUAGCACAAACUCUGUUUUACAUCCUCAUAAGUCGACUGACUGAAAUACUUCAGAGAGAAACAGAGACCACGGGCCUGUGAAGGUGCUGCAUGGAGAAUUGCAGCAAGUUUGAACUUGAAACACAAUCAUGUUCAUGUUAAGACAUCUUUUAAUGACGUUUUGUUGAGACCAAUAUUAUUUAUAGGUGUGGAUGUACAUGCCAUUUGGAAUUGCAGUAUCGAAGGCUUUAUACAAUUUCAUUGUUCAAAAGUAUGUCAGGUUCAAAUGAAAAAAAAAAAAAA